AAACAUUGGGUGGAAGGCCUACAUAAGAAAGCAGAUCUUUUAUUCAGUUUUGUGACUGCAAUAGAAGCUCGAUUAGCGGCAAUAGAAGCUGGAAUUUGCCUGGUCCCUUUAUCUGUUAAUGAUCCUCAAAGCCAACCCCCAAAUUACAAUAUUCCUAAUGUUCAAUUACCGAUCCGGUCAGCAUCUCCACAGUCUACAGUCCACAGUCCCCACACACAGAGUCGGCCCAUAAUCGCGUCUACGUCCACUUCAACAAGCACAUCCGUCUCACAGCCCAUACAGUCUUUCCAACCAGAAUCCUGCACACAACACUGCUAA